AUGAAACUGUUGCAGGUUGGUUGCUUUGCGGCCGCCUCCGUGCAGGAAUGUUUUCAUCGGAAAUUAGGAAUCACCGAUUCUCUCUCCUUUGACACCAUAAAAAAGGCUCAAGAUUACGAGGGUUCGGCCCAGGUGGACUACACCCUCGACGAGACCCGAGGUGAUUACGAGUACGAGUACGACCAGUUCGGAAACAAGAAAAAGAAGAAGAAGAAGAACCAAGCUUCUUACCAACAACCUUCUUACCAACAGCCAUCCUACCAGGCUCCAAGCUAUUCCGCCCCGUCUUACAACUACGAUCAGUACGACGGCUAUGGCAAAGCAUACAGCACAAGCAGCGGUCAUGCUUAUGCGCUGAACUGCUGGCCAGCCAACUUCGAUACUGACAAGUUGGUCUACAAUGGAACCAACACUGAUCCGUACGAGAGGUACUCCACUGGUCCGCUCCACUACUUCGGAUCUGAAAUGAAAGGUUUGAAGGGAGGUGCUGAUGCAGCUUCUCCAGCUGCUGGUGAUAACAACCGAGGAGGUCUUUACCACUACGGUUGGGAAAACGAAGAGUCGACAACAACCGACUACACCGAAAAUGCCGCCCCAAGCGAGUGGGUCCACUACCACUCUGCCCGACACGCUGGCUGCCUGUACGAAUUGGCCGGCUUCGACUACAAAGAGUCUACGUAUGAUCAUGUCUACAAGGCCUAUUAUUACAACGGCUAUUUCAAAAAUGAUUAUUCGGGAUCUCUCACUCGUGCUGUCGUCGAUACCAACAUCGAUUACGUUCCCAACUGGGUCCACUUCUUCAAUGCGCAUCUCCUCGUCGGAGGUGUUGUUUCUGGUAGCACCGCACCAGCUGUUAGCGGAACCGGCGACGCAGGUACUGGAUACAGCAGCGAACAAUCCAACGCCAACUUGGUCAUCGCCAACCCUCAGUACGAAGGUCUCGGCUUCCUCAACUUCAUCGCGACUUACAAGGUCAAGGGCAAGGACACCGGCGAUCACUACCAAGAGUUCAUCGACAUGACCGAACGAACCCAAAACCCAGGUGCCACUGGAACCACUUACAAUACCAUCAACAGCGCUUCCACCCAACACGCAGAUGGUAUCGGUGGCGAAUGGUUCUUUGACGGAUGGAUGGGUACAUGGACUGUUGACCUUCAGACUACCGAAUGGAAGUCAUCCCUUUCCUCAGGCACCUGGACCACCAACUUCGCCAUCUCCUCUUUCCCACACAACGAGUUGGGAAAAGAUUUCCGAUUCAACCUGCGAAUUCUCCACGAAGAGGGCACCUACGAGAGCUACUACUGGUACCACGUCAACGAGAUCGUCAUCACCUUCCCACAUGCCGUCUCGUACGCUCUCCACAACGACUACAAGCGAGGACUCACUUUCUCAGCAGCUGAUUCCGUCAACAGCCAAACUUACCAGCUGAUGAACGUCGAAAACGCCGAAGAGAGAAUCAACAUCAUUCCUCCACUCGAUCUCGGCACCUGGGACGACGUCAACUUCUUCAGAGCUGACGAUUGGAUCCGAACAGGCGCUGACGGCAAGAAGAUUAACCACAUCAUGGGAUGGCUCGAUACCGCAGCCAGUACCAAGGCCAGCUGGUGCACGGGCACUGACGCCGCCGACGAGAACUUCUGCGCAACGAAAUUCAAGAUCCUUGGUCUCAUGAACACCUACGACGAGCACUUUGCUGCCCAGAUGGGUAACAUCCAGGAAAUCUGGAUUCAACUUUCGUACGCCAUGCAAGAUGUCACCAAUGGAGUUGCUUACUCCACCGCUGACAGAGACUACACCGUCGAGUCGCCCUUCCCAUACUUGCACUUCCACGCCACCGAGAUCAGCUCGAUCGCGGCUACCUGCAGUACCACAAACGUCCACAACGGCAACGACUGCGACGCCUACACCACCAACGCGCACCACGAGGGCUUGGGUCCAUACUCUGGUUAA